AUGGCGGAACCCGCGUCGGGCGUGUCGUCGCUCGUCGACCUCAUCAACUCGCUACCGGAACCCGAUGGCUCCUGGGGCCCCGCCAUCACCACCGAGACCACUCUCAAUGGCGUCCCCUACGCCCCCUUCUCCAAGAGCGACAAGCUAGGCCGCAUGGCCGACUGGACCGAUGCUAAAGACGGUAGAGACGGUCGUGGCAGGCCGCAGUACAAUAGGAAUUACCGUGACCAGCAAGUUUACGGUGCCGGCUCGGCGUCCUUGUUCACUGCCCCCGUGGCCGAGGACGAGGCUUCCUUUUCCGUCGUCUCAAACGUUCGCGACACCGGCAAAACUCGUUUCGGGCGCGGUGCCGUCUUCACCCGCGGUCGGGGCCAACGCGGCCGGGGUGGCCAGGACACACGCGGGGGCGGUCGCCAACAGUUCCAGCGUGGCGGUCGUGGCGGUCAGUCCUACGGCGGGGGUUAUAGCGAUCGCGGUGGUGCCCGCGGUGGCGGCGCUCGUGGCCGCCGCUUCGGCUGGAAGGACUACGACAAGCCGCAGCGCAACCGGGAUGCGUCGAUUAACAUCCGCCCCGACUGGCAGCUGCUUGAGGAGAUCGACUUCAACCGCCUCAGCAAGCUCAACCUGGACACGGACGAGGGCGAGGAUGUCGACACCUACGGCUUCCUCUACUACUACGACCGGUCGUACGAUAAGCCACCUGUUAAGAGCGCCGAGCGUAAGUUGGCGGUGCUGGACCGUGCUGCGUAUAAUGUGACUACCUCUUCGGAUCCCAUCAUCCAGGAGCUCGCCGACAAGGACGAGGCCACCAUCUUCGCUACGGAUAGCGUCCUAUCGAUGCUUAUGUGCGCCCCGCGGUCCGUCUACCCCUGGGAUAUCGUCAUUGUGCGCCAAGGCAACAAGGUGUUCCUGGACAAGCGGGACAAUGCCGCGCUCGACAUGGUCACCGUCAACGAGAACGCUGCCGAUGCGCCGCUCGAGGCAUCUGAGGGGUCCAAGGACAGCAUCAACCAGCCGGCCGCCCUGGCCGAGGAGGCCACGUACAUCAACCACAACUUCACCAACCAGGUUGUGCUCGAGAGCCAGAACCAAAAGGUCGACAUGGCCCACGAGAACCCCUUCUACAGCGCAGCCGACGAGACGGAGCCGCCCGCGUCCAAGGCGUACAAGUACCGCCGUUUCGACCUUUCUACCAGCGAGGAGAACCCGACGUACUUGAUCGUCCGUACGGAGCUCGACGCCGUACAGAAGAACGCGAUCAACGGCGAAGACCAGUUCGUCACCAUCCACGCGCUCAACGAGUUCGACAGCAAGGCCCAAGGCAGCGGUGGCGCACUCGAUUGGCGCUCCAAGCUCGUGUCCCAGCGCGGUGCCGUUGUCGCCACCGAGAUGAAGAACAACAGCUGCAAGCUGGCCCGCUGGACCGUGCAAAGUAUUCUUGCCAAGGCGGACGUGAUGAAGCUUGGUUUCGUCUCGCGUAUCACCCCCAAGAUUAAUGAUAAGCACAUCGUCCUCGGUGUUAUCGGCUGGAAACCCAAGGACUUUGCCAACCAGAUGAACCUCCAACUCUCCAACGGCUGGGGUAUUGUGCGCACCAUUGCCGACAUGUGUCUCCAGCGUGAGGACGGCAAGUACGUCCUGGCCAAGGACCCGAACAAGAGCAUCCUACGCCUAUACGAGGUACCCGCCGGCGGUCUGGACGAGGAUGAUGAGGGCCCGGAGCUGGAGAACCACGACACGCACACAAUGGCGCCCGCGCCCCUAUCUAAAGCCAGACCAAAGUCAAAACUAUCCCAAACACGAUUGAAAACCCCACAAAAGCCCACGGCCUCCACCAAAACCUCAGCGACACCCUUUUCCGCUUCCACGUCUAAGAAUGGCAGUGUUGCAACAAAAACAAAGGGAAAACCGAACCAGAGUAUUCUCAGCUUCUUCAAGAAAGCGCCCGCGCCGGAUGAGGAGCUGUUCAUCGGCGGCAAUGGUGUCAAUGGGUUAGGGAAUGGGACUCCAGAAGGAGACCUUAAAGAAGAGGAGGAUAUUUAUGGCGCGAGUCCAUCUCGUGAUGGGGUAGAGGAAGAGGAGGGAAGAUAUAAUGAGCUGGGUGGAUCGGUCAAGAGGCGGAGGGUGAACUCGCUGGGGAAUGCGCGUGGGAAUGAGGGGCCAGCGACGGAGGCGAAGGUAGAUGGGGCACAAAACACGGUGGUAGAGGGGGGGCAUAAGGGGAAUAAAACCGCGGCUCCAAAAAGGAAGCCGGGGAAUCCAUUUCUAGACGAUUCUUCAGACGACGAAGACGAGGACAGCGGCGGCAAGAGAAACGAGCCCGCAGCGCCGUCAGUACCAAUGGUGAGGACACCACAGCCCAUAUUUGACGAUUUCCAUGGGGGAAACGGAGGCCGUGGACCGGAGGAGCUUACCAAUGAGGCGGCGAUAUCCAGGGUUCCAUUACUUCGACAUGAGACAUCGGGCGCGGAUGUCCGAGGGAGUUCACCAGGCCGCAAUGGAGGAGAGAUCAGUAACGAAGCGAAGCCGUUCGAGGACGAUGAUUUUACCGGAGAAGAACUCCAGGCGAUGCGAUACAUGGAAGAGCAAGCACGGCUUGAGGCAGAAGAAGCUGGGGAGGAAUACGAAGUGAAUGAAUUUGCUGUUGAGGAUGGCACCAUGACGGAAAGCUGCCCCGUCUGCAAUGGCAGUCUCGCGGGUGUGACACCAGAACAGGCAACUACCCAUGUGAACUCGUGUUUGGACGGCAACCCGACACCGCUACCCGAGUCGUCUGGGCCACCACCACCACCACCCGGGGAGGCAGUUGAGGUUGAGGUGGCAACGGUGGGAAAACGAUUUGCCAAAGCCGCCGUAGCCCGGCCUGGACAAGCGAAUCCCAUCAGUCUUGGGACAGAGACAGGGCAAGGGAAAUCGACUUCGGCUUUUACCAAGCUCAUGUCAGGUCAUGCCGAAGACGCGGCCUGGGCAACAGCUGCCGCAGCAGAGACCGCUUCGCGGGGCAUGCCUGCGUACAAGCGGACGUGCCCGUUCUACAAGAUCAUGCCUGGAUUUUCGAUCUGUGUCGAUGCCUUUCGCUACGGUGCCGUCGAAGGGUGUCGGGCGUAUUUUCUUAGCCACUUCCACAGCGAUCACUACAUCGGCCUUACGGCGAACUGGACACAUGGUCCCAUCUACUGCAGCAAAGUGACCGGAUCGCUGGUCAAGUCGCAGCUGAAGACGGCGGCCAAGUAUGUUGUCGAGCUGGAGUUUGAGGAAACGGUACCCGUGCCUAAUACGAAUGGUGUCGUGGUCACGAUGAUCCCGGCGAACCAUUGCCCGGGAAGUUCGCUCUUCCUUUUUGAAAAGACUGCUGGGGGGAAGACGCAACGGAUCCUUCAUUGUGGUGAUUUUCGUGCCUGUCCUGCCCACAUCGAGCACGAGAAGCUGCGGCCCGAAACAGUCGAUGCCAUCUCCGGCCGGACCAAGCAGCAAAAGAUCGAUGUGUGCUAUCUCGACACCACAUACCUCAACCCCCGCUACUCCUUUCCUCCACAGAACGAUGUGAUAACCACCUGUGCCGACCUCUGCGCGCUGCUGAACAAAGGCCUGCUGGAAAACGACGACCGCCACUGGGAAUCUCUUUUGCGACGCCAACGCGGUGGUGAAGCAGCCAAGACCAAGGACGUCUCGAAAUUCUUUACGACGAGUUCAACAACGUCCACAUCCUCCGACACGACCCCUCCACCGCUACCCAACAACGCCUUCUCAGCCCUCAACGGCCGCCGCCAUAACCCCAACCGCCUCCUCGUCGUCUGUGGCACCUACAGCAUCGGAAAGGAACGCAUCUGCGUCGCCAUUGCGCAGGCACUGCGAAGCAAAAUCUACGCUUCCCCGGCCAAAAUCCGCAUGUGCAAACAACUCGACGACCCCGAACUAUCGGACCUCCUCACCUCCAACCCGGCCGAGGCCCAAGUCCACAUGCAGAUGCUAAUGGAGAUCCGCGCCGAGACCCUAGCCGAGUAUCUCGAAGGGUACAAAGCCCGCGGCGAGUUCAGCCGCAUCGUUGGCUUCCGUCCUUCAGGGUGGAACUACCGCCCUGCCCCUUCUUCCUCUGCCUCUUCGUCUUCCUCCAUCCCUACUCCCACCACCGCGAGCACCAUCAACGCCAACCUACCCCCAACCUCCCUCCCCACAACGCACCUGCUCCACCACCCGCACUGGCGCACCCGCUUCACCGCCCAGCACCUUGUCCCCCAGCGCGGCGGUACCGCGCAGGCACUGUGCUUCGGCGCGCCGUAUAGCGAGCACAGCAGUUUCCGCGAGCUGGCGCUCUUUGUGAUGGCGCUGCGUAUUGAGAGGAUCGUGCCGACUGUGAAUGUUGGGAGCGAGGCGAGUCGGCGGAGGAUGAAGGGGUGGUUGGAUAAGUGGGUGGCGGAGAGGAGGAAGGGAGGGGUUUUGAGGGUUUUUAGGGAAUGUGAGGGGAGUAAGGGGGGUGAUAAGGGGGGGAAGGGGGUUAGGGAUGAGGAGUUGUGGGAUGGGAAGGAUGGGAGAGGUGGGGGGGUUUAUUGGUAG